CGCGUCGCGAUCGACUGCGACUUCGAGGCCCUCAUGACGGAGCGCGAGGUCAAGUCGAGCUGCCAGCAGCUCAUGUACUGCUACGGCGCGAACCGGCGCGCCGCGGCGCCGAGCCGCGUGCUCCUGAGCGGGCUCACGGGGAACAUGGCGGCGCAGAUGCGGAACAUCAACGGCUUCGAGAGCUGGCUCGCCACGGACGUCGAGGAGCGCCCGCUGGAGGAGCUCUUCGCGACGGCGGCGGACCGGUCCCAGCUCGUCUACCUCACGGCCGAGGCCGAGGCCGUGCUCGACCGGCCGGACCCGGCGAAGACGUACGUCAUCGGAGGCUUCGUCGACCGGAACCGCCACAAGGGCCUCACGCGCGACAAGGCCGCGCGCCUGGGGCUCGCGACGGCGCGCCUGCCCAUCGGCGCCGACAUGCCCAUCGUCCUCGGCGACGCGUCCAAGGUGCUGACGAUCAACCACGUCUUCGAGCUCCUCGUCCGCGUCCAAGCGUCCGGCGACUGGGCCGACGCG